CACUCACCACCUCAUCUCCAUGCAGCUCUUCUCAUCUAUCCAAUUGCUGGAUCAAUAUGGAAGGUGGGAAGGAUCAUUCACAUGGGAAAAAGCUGAGCAUGGUAGUAGGACCAUGGGGAGGUCAUGGUGGAUCGAGUUGGGACGAUGGGAGUUACAGUGGAGUGAGAGAGAUCACAAUAUUUCACGGUGGCUGCAUCGACUCGAUCCGUGUUGUGUAUGAUAAAAAUGGCGAGCCGGUUUCUGGCGACAAACAUGGAGGCAGUGGAGGCGAUCCGACUUCAGAGAUCAAGCUGCAGUACCCGGAAGAGAAGUUGAUCGGUGUGAGCGGCCACUACCAUCCUUUCGGGUUCGUCGGCACCCCUGUAAUCCGAUCACUUACGUUCAAGAGCACCCGAAGAACAUUUGGGCCAUUUGGGGUGGAAGAAGGAACACCGUUUUCUCUAACAAUGGAUGGGGGCCAGAUCGUGGGUUUCCAGGGGCGAAGCGACUUGUACUUGGAUGCAAUAGGAUUCCGGUUGUCUGGUACCGCCCCACCCCCAAAAUUUCCAUGUGAGAUGUUUUGUUCCAUAUUGUAAGCUAUCUCGGCACCUCAAGAUUGUGAAGAACACUCACUGAGACAGUGAAUUACUGUAUAAUUGUGUACGUGUGGUUUGUACGUGUGAAUUACUACUAUUAAUGACAAAAACCGCUGUUAAGAAUCA